CAAUAUGUUCACAAUUCUCUGUCUGACUGAACAGUACACUGUGUUGAAAACAUGGCUGAGGAGACAGUGUUGGCGGACACGGGACUGGCACAGCGUGUACUGAUGUUACUUGGUAUUCGUAGUCUCUUCUACAGUGUUUUCUGUUUCUUGGACAAGACACUGAGGUCAUGGCGGAUUACCGACUGGCUUCCCUCCUGGUGCCCGACAUCUCAGAGCCAACUGAAGGAGGCAGAAGAAAGGAUGCUGCAGUACAUCACAAGCAAGUUCUACAGGCAGUUUGUCCACAUAUCUGACAAGAAUACACUGUCGACGUUGGUAUUUAAGGGACCAGUGGAAAAUAAAACCCCUCUGGUGCUGCUGCAUGGAUUUGGGAGUGGUGUUGGACUCUGGGCCUUGAACGUGGACUCUCUCUCUCAGCAGAGGCCCAUUUACGCCUUUGACCUGCUGGGUUUUGGCCAGAGCAGCAGACCUCACUUCAGCACUGAUGCCCAGGAGGCUGAGCUCCAGUUUGUGGAGUCCAUCGAACAGUGGAGGGAGAAACUGGGCCUGGAAAGUAUGAUUAUGUUGGGCCAUAACCUUGGAGGAUAUCUGGCUGCCUCCUAUGCUAUUACAUACCCAACCAGAGUAAAGCACCUGAUUCUGGUGGAACCGUGGGGUUUUCCAGAGCGCCCUAACACAGGAGACCAAGAUAGGCCUAUUCCUGUGUGGAUCAAAGCUAUAGGGGCAAUGCUGAGCCCAUUCAACCCCCUCGCUGGUCUCAGGUUGGCUGGACCUUUAGGUCCCACUCUUGUGCAGACUCUGAGACCAGACUUCAAAAAGAAAUUUGCAGCUAUGUUUAAUGACAAUAGAGUCACAGAAUAUAUCUACCAUCUUAAUGUCCAGAGUCCAAGCGGUGAAACAGCCUUUAAAAACAUGACCAUUCCAUAUGGCUGGGCAAAGAGGCCCAUGCUGCAGAGAAUUGGCCUAAUUCACAACGACAUCCCCAUUACGGUGAUCUAUGGCUCACGCUCCAGCAUAGAUGGCCACUCCGGCAAUUCAAUCAAAGAAAUGAGGCCAAACUCCCAUGUAGAGAUCAUUGCCAUAAGAGGUGCAGGACACUAUGUGUAUGCUGACCAGCCAGAGGAUUUCAACCAUAAGAUACUUCAUGUCUGUGAAACAAUAAACUGAAGAGUGAUGAUGAAGGUACUUUUCUUCUGGAACUAUCCAAACAUGGCUUUCUGCAGAGCUGUGUUUCUCCACAUGCACAUGCUCUCAUGCAUGUCAGCAAAUUAUCUUUGUUGGGUCCUAAAUUGGGACCGGAGAGUUUGGAAGCCACUUGGUUUGAAAACCAGAUGUUUGUUUUGCACCAUACUGAACCUUUUUUUUUUUUUUUCAUGACACAUAAUUAUGAUUAUAUAAUGAUGUGAAAUAUGAAAAAAUGUGACUGUUUAAAUGUGUAUUUUUUUGAAAAAUCUGUUUAUCUUUGAUUUGGAUAUAAAUAUAUUAUAAUAAUAUUAUAAUAAUUGUUAAUUAUUAUGACAUAUAUGGUAGAUAUACAAAGGUAUUUAUCAAAUAUUAGCUUUAUUUAAAUAAAACUAUUAAGAUGUAAAUCUAAACCAUAGACAUAACUGCUAUUAUGCACUUUAAUUAACUUAAAUUUCCAAAUAUUUUAACCAUAUGGUUAAAAAAGAAUAAAAACAUAAUGAAUUCAUUGUUAUUAUUAAUUAAUACAUUAUUAAUAUUUGUAUACACUUUUUUCAGUUUAGUUUCAGUUCAAAUUUCAUGAACGUUUAUCAGAAUCUGAGACAGCAGUGAUUGUGUUUUAUAGCUUUUUAAAAAAAAAAAGCCUUUUUGUUGUUUUCUACCUCAUAAAACUGUAAAAGUUUCUUUGUUAGGAUCAGAAGGGAGGCAGACAGGUGGAUCAACAGAAAGCAUGUAUAUCCUCCAGUCAUCCAGUUCACAUGUAGCGCUUCACUUAUUGUAAACUGUUAUGAGAAGAUUUUCAUGUAAGAUUGCCACAAAUUCUUUUUAAGUGCCUCAAUUUCCAAAAAAUGUGCACAUUUUGUCGUAUCCUCAAUCAUUUAAAAUCUAUCUACACUUGUAGGCUGAUGUUUUCACAAAAUGUAAUUGAAGAUUUUACUGAGCCCCAGGUCACAGUCUAUUAAAGGGUUAGUUCACCCCAAAAAAUGAAAAUAAUGUCAUUAAUUACUCACCCUCAUGUCAUUCCACAUCCGUAAGACCUUCGUUCAUCUUCGGAACACAAAUCAAGAUAUUUUUGAUGAAAUCCGAUGGCUCAGUGAGGCCUCUAUUGCCAGCAAUGUCACUGAAUCUCUCAAGAUCCAGAAAGGUACUAAAUCGAAUCAAAUUCACAUGAUUUCAGUAAACGAGGCUUCAUUUACACGAUCCGAACCACUGAUUCGAAACAAAAAAUUCGUAAAGCUUCGAAGUAGUGUUUUGAAAUCGGCCAUCACUAGAUGUUGUUGAAAAGUCGUUAUUUUGGGGGUUUUUUGGCGCACAAAAAGUAUUCUCGUCGCUUUAUAAUAUUAAGGUAGAACCACUGUAGUCGCAUCCUUUCUGGAUCUUGAGAGAUUCAGCAACAUUGCUGGCAAUAGAGGCCUCACUGAGCCAUCGGAUUUCAUCAAAAAUAUCUUAAUUUGUGUUCCGAAGAUGAACAAAGGUCUUACGGAUAUGGAGCGACAUGAGGGUGAGUAAUAAAUGACAUAAUAUUCAUUUUUGGGUGAACUUACCAUUUAAGUCUUCAGCCAAAAUAAAUGCAACAUGUCUCAGGACAAAGUCAAUAUUCUGUAAAAGCAUUCAGUGCUAAAUAGGCAUUUUUUGUAAGGAAGUUAUUGCAGUAUCAUUAUUAUUGUUUUGAAUUAAAUCGAUGUCAUAAAGAUUCUGUAAAUAACAUUUGUUUGAUUUAAUAUUUAUCCAGGUUUGACAAAUCUGUGUCAACUCAGAUGUCUGUUGUUAAUUUUAAUAAUAAUAAACUUCUUUUAUGAGUCUGAA